UUUGAAGAAAAACAGAUGGCAAUAUACGAAAGAAAGCUUUUUAUUUUCAUUUGGCAAUCGUGGAAAUAUCGAUGAUGCUAAAUUGAGUAAAAUUCAACCUGGAAACGAAGCUAUCUAUGAUGAUCCUUCCUUCGGCCCAUGUUUUGGAAAAACCGACCUAGACAUGCGUAGACAAUUUAAUGAAAAAGAUAAUUGUUCUGCUAAAAAACGAUCCUAUAAACAUACUAUUAUUAAUUCUACCGAAUUUGUUGUAGAUGAUUAUGAAGUUUUUCAG